UCAAGCCGAGAGACUCAUUGGUCACAUCAAUAGUAACAUAUGUCGUCUUCUAGUCCUUUAUAUACCCUAAUCAUACCUUUUGUUCUGACUUCUAUGAGCUAUGAGCGGUAUACAUUGAGUUGAAUAUAAAGAUAAUAACCACCAAAAUAUAUAAACAUAUUUACAAUAUUCAUCUAAUCUAAUAUACCCAAUUAUGCACUUUCCUUAAUUCUUGUGUCAACUCUCAUACUAAUCUUACAAGAGAGAAAAAUAAAAAUAUUAUUAGUAAAUCACUGAGCUUAUAUAAAAAUCAUAUUCUCACUUUUCUUGUUCUUGUCUUUCCAUCUACUACCUUAGUUUCAAUCAAUUAACAUUAUCAUUGAAAAAAUAAUGCAGUUUUACAAGCUUACCUUAUUCAAUCUUAUCCUGUUGAUCCAAUUACAUCAUUCUUACUCCUUAGGAACAGAUCAUUAUGGGAAAUGCAAGACCAAAAAAUGUGGAAACCUAAAUAUAACCUAUCCUUUCUAUAUUCCCAACCAGCAACAAAAAUACUGUGGGUUGAAAGAUUUUGAGGUAAUUUGCAAGGAUAAUAAAUUACCCAUGAUCAAUUUAUCUGGGGAUUUUUAUCUCAUUCACAAUAUUUGGUAUAAAACGCAGAAAUUUAAAGUUACAAACUUUGCUUUAGUUGAACAUAAUUGUUCAUAUAAGCCAAAAAACUUGACUUUAACCCAAAAAAGGUUGCAUUUUGCAGAAGAUCAGAGUAAUAUAUAUGUGUACCCUAAUUGCCCAGAAAAGGUUUUGGAGAAAUAUAAGGAGAAAAGGGUAAAAUAUGGAGGAAUUGCAGUGUAUAAGAAUGAUUCAAAAGUAAAGGAUUUGGAGAAAGAGUGUAAUGGGGAAGUGACUUUUGUGCCUUAUAAUGGGGGUGAGAGUCAUGGAAGGAUUGAAGAUGAUUUGGGAAAGGGGUUUUUUUUGAUUUGGAAUGCUUAUGAUUGCUUGGAUUGUGUGAAUUCUGGAGGGCAGUGUGGAUUUGAUGAGGAAAAUACAGAUUUCAAUUGUUAUUGCCCUGAUAGAACUCACGCUCUUCAUUGUAUUGCUAGUACUAAUAUUAAGAAUACAAACAUGAGGCUAAUUUUUGGAUUAGGACUUGGAGGAGGUAUGUUUCUGUUUUUGGCUCUGGUAGCUGUUUGGCAAAGGAAGAAGCUAAGUUUUGGCAACCUGAAGACGCGGAGUGCUUCAAUGGACCCAAACGAACUGUACCCGGAAAAGGGAAACUUAUACUUCGGUGUGUCACUCUUUUCAUACAGUGAACUUCUAGAAGCUACUGACAAUUUCAACCAGUCUAAAGAGGUUGGUGAUGGAGGUUUUGGAACUGUUUAUUACGGAAAGCUAAAAGAUGGAAGAGAAGUAGCAGUAAAACGCUUGUAUGAAAAGAACUUCAGACGGAUGGAGCAGUUCAUGAAUGAAAUCGAAAUUCUCACACGUUUGAGACAUCAAAACCUCGUCUCCCUUUAUGGGUGCACUUCCCAGCACUCGAGGGAAUUGCUGCUUGUAUACGAGUAUGUGGAAAAUGGCACAGUUGCGGAUCAUCUAUAUGGUGAAAAGGCAAAACUCGAAUCACUUGUGUGGCCUGUUCGUCUAAGAAUCGCAGUUGAGACGGCCAGUGCACUAUCUUACCUACACGCUUCUGAUACCAUUCAUCGAGAUGUCAAAACUAACAACAUUCUGCUCGAUAGCAACUUCCGGGUUAGGGUAGCUGAUUUCGGGCUUUCUAGAGACUUUCCUAGUGAUAUGACUCAUAUCUCGACUGCUCCUCAAGGCACUCCGGGGUACCUAGACCCCGAGUAUCACCAAUGCUAUCAGCUAACAGAUAAGAGUGAUGUUUAUAGCUUCGGAGUUGUCCUCAUCGAGCUCAUCUCAUCUCUGCCUCCUAUCGACAUGAACAGGCAAAAACACGAGAUUAACUUGUCGAAUUAUGCAAGGAACCGGAUUCAAUGUUGUGCAUUCGAGGAGUUGGUGGAUCCACAACUCGGUUUUGCUUCAGAUUUUAAGAUUAAGAAGAUGACUACUUUAGUGGCUGAGCUUGCAUUCCAAUGCUUACAACAUGCUAAGGAAUUCAGACCUUCCAUGGAUGUUGUUUUAGAAACUCUGAAGCGGAUUGAAAGCAAUGAUUAUGAAGUAUUGCAGCACGAAGAUAUGGCUAAAAGUUCCGAAAAUGACAUGAAUACACAAAAUAAUGUUCCACCUGCUUCCCAUGCAGAGGAUGAUCAUCCACCUUCCCUGAUUUCUGUAGUGGAAAGGUGAUGCUUCCAAUAUUUUUUUUUUGUAUACUUUCAAAUGAUUAUUUAGGACCUCAAUCUAUUUAAUGGUCAUCAUCAAAUCCCGCUCAGAAAAGCUUGAUAAGGAGGUUACGGCCAGUGAAACUCUCAGCUCGAAACACAUCAGUAAUCUUUUUGAUGUAAUGGUGUAUUUAUGUUAACUUAUGAUCCAUAUCAUGUAUAAGUUGUAACCAUUGUGCAUAUAUUAGGAGGUAUUUUUGUAAUCAAUGAUAAAUAGAAAAGAUAAGUCUUCUUUUGA